UAACCAUCUGCGCCUCUGCAAGAUAACCCACUGCAAAGAAAUUCCAGGCUAAAGACAGCUGUGAACCGUGAAUUGUGCUGCCCCCCUCUUGGUGCAGGACAUAAAGAGCUAACGUUUUGGACACUUUGGGCUGAUUUUUCAGUACUCUAGUGAAAGGAUCACACCAAGAGGCGAGGCUGAGUCCAUCCGCGUUUUCAGGAAAAGUCCCUAGGACUUGCCGCCUCUACCCUCGCUCGCCUCAGGCCGGUCUCUAGAGGGCGCUGGCGGAAGACCGGGAGCAGAAGGAACGCGACGCGGAAACGCGCUUAAAUUUGGGCAUCGCCGCUGCCCGUAGCCGGCGUCCUCAACAUGGCGGCUCCCCAAGAUGUCCACGUCCGUAUCUGUAACCAAGAGAUUGUCAAAUUCGACCUGGAGGUGAAGGCACUUAUCCAGGAUAUUCGAGAUUGUUCAGGACCAUUAAGUGCACUUACUGAACUGAAUACUAAAGUGAAAGGGAAGUUUCAGCAGUUGCGGCACAGAAUACAGGAGCUUGAGCAGUCAGCGAAAGAGCAAGACAAAGAGUCGGAGAAGCAAAUUCUGCUCCAGGAAGUGGAGAAUCACAAAAAGCAGAUGCUCAGCAAUCAGACCUCAUGGAGGAAGGCUAAUCUCACUUGCAAAAUUGCUAUCGACAAUCUAGAGAAAGCAGAACUUCUCCAGGGAGGAGACCUCUUAAGGCAAAGGAAAACCACCAAAGAGAGCCUGGCCCAGACGUCCAGUGCCAUCACGGAGAGCCUCAUGGGAAUCAGCAGGAUGAUGUCCCAGCAGGUCCAGCAGAGCGAGGAAGCCAUGCAGACUCUAGCCAAUUCUUCCCGGACUAUCCUGGAUGCAAAUGAAGAGUUUAAGUCCAUGUCAGGGACCAUCCAGUUGGGACGGAAGCUUAUCACAAAAUAUAAUCGCCGAGAGCUGACGGACAAGCUUCUCAUUUUCCUUGCCCUGGCCCUUUUCCUUGCUACGGUCCUCUAUAUUGUAAAAAAGCGGCUCUUUCCAUUUUUGUAAGAUCUAGAAUUACCAGCUUUUGCCCUUUAAGUUCCAGUGUCAGGAUCUGUCCAUGCUCCUGAGCUCUGGCCCCAGCUGCCAAACCAUUGCACACCUCUGUGGCCUGCUCCACUUGCUCAGCAGGUGGAUUGCAGACCCAGCCCCCCAGCUUUCUGUAGGCAGCUGGUUAGCCUAUAAAGGGCGAGUAGAGCAAGGGGAGGCCUGUCAUCAGGACACCUGCAGGACACAGGGACUCCAGGAGCCAUCACACAGUGCGUGUGGCUGUCACAUGGGGCAUGCAGAGGCCAGCCUUCAGGAUUGGAUCCUCCUCUCUCCCCUUCUCCUGCUGUAGCCUUAAUGCCAGAUUUGGUGGAAGGAGGAGAGAAGUGGGGAGAAGGAUAAGGAAAACUUAGGCCCGUUCCUUGAAUAAACUUGACUCUCUAUUUAAUAGAAUGAAA